UGCUAUGGUUUGUUUGUUUUUCCCUUUCUCCUCAAUUAAAUAAGAAAGCUAUCUGGAGAUACGGAUUGAGCAGGUUCUGUAUGAAGGAUAACAUUACUCUACAAACCUUGUUGUGACAACCCCACCCUGCGAUAAAUGUGACAGUUUGAGGAUUUGAAUACAAUUGGUGCAGGCUUGAGCAAGGGCCAAAGUAGUGUCAUAUGUUACUGGCAAAGGUCGCUACUCAUUACAGAAAAAUAAGAGGGACGAAGACGAUGAAGAGUUUAGCAGAUGCAGGACUUUUGGAUCGGAUUAAUGGUUCUGCACGUCUCAUGAUAGUUUCUGAUCUUGACUCUACAAUGGUUGAUCAUGAUGAUCCAGAGAACCUCUCCCUUCUUAGAUUUAAUGCACUAUGGGAAGCCUAUUAUCGUCAUGAUUCUUUGCUUGUGUUUUCAACGGGAAGGUCACCUACAAGUUACCAGAAGCUGAGGAAUAAGAAACCUUUAUUAACCCCUGAUAUAACCAUAAUGUCCGUGGGAACUGAGAUUACAUAUGGUGAAUCAAUGGUACCAGAUACUGGCUGGACACAUCAUCUUAACCGGAAGUGGAACAGAGACAUAGUUGUAGAGGAAACAGCUAAGUUUCCUGAACUUACUCCUCAGUCAGAAACUCAACAACGUCCUCACAAGGUUAGCUUUUUUGUGGAGAAGGUCAAGGCUUUGGAAAUAAUGAGUUUUCUAUCCGAGCAUUUGGAGAAAUGUGGUCUUGAUGUAAAAAUAAUUUAUAGCUCUGGGAUUGCGUUGGACAUAUUACCAAAAGGUGCUGGCAAAGGGGAGGCUCUUGCAUAUCUGCUUCAAAAUUUUAAAGUCGAUGGAAAAGUACCUUUACAUACACUUGUCUGUGGUGACUCCGGAAAUGAUACUGAAAUGUUCACCAUUCCCAAAGUCCAUGGUGUGAUGGUUAGCAACGCACACGAUGAAAUGUUGCAGUGGUAUACACAAAAUGCAAAGAACAAUCCCAGUAUAAUUCAUGCCACUGAGAGAUGUGCGGCUGGGAUCAUACAAGCCAUUGGUAAUUUCUGUUUAGGUCCAAAUGUGUCUCCAAGAGAUAUCAGAGACUUUAAAAAAUGCAAUGUGGACAUCUUCAUUCCUGGUCAUGAAGUGGUGAAGUUUUAUCUGCUUUAUGAGCGAUGGCGAAGUGCAGAAGUUGACAAGUCCGAGCAGUUUGUGAAAAAUCUGAAGUCAGGCUUUUGUCCAUUUGGAAUAUUUGUCCAUCCCUCGGGAGUUGAGCAGCCUUUCCAUCAGUGUCUAGAUUCUAUGGCAAAGCUGUAUGGGGACAAGACGGAACACCUAUUCCGGGUAUGGGUGGAUCGAGUAUCUUCCGCACAAAUUGGUUCAGACACAUGGUUGGUGAAGUUUUAUAAGUGGGAGUUAUCUGGGGAUGAGCGGCAGUGCUGUGUGACUACAGUAUUAAUGAGUUUAAAGCAGCCAGAUGGAUUCACCUGGGUGCACAUGCACCAGACAUGGCUGGAAGGUUCAAGAGCAAGAGACCAGGCAGCCUGGUGUUUCUAGGUUGCCAAUCAAGUCACCAUUGAUCCUCCAAUAAAUCUUUCCUGGUAACUUUUAUGUAAUAGUUAUCUGCAUCUUUGUUUAUUGCACUGUUAAAAGUUAAAACUUAUGCUGGAUGGAGGGAGUAAAAUCAUCCUGAUCUGCCACCAAUUUCUCAGUAUUUAUUUGCAGAAACAUGAUUGAAUGUAAGGCACCAACUACCAAGUAUAGCAACUCUUGUUUUGCAACUCUUAAAUUAAACUCAAUAAACAAUAUGCAAUCUCAUCAAA